AUGCAGUGGAAUGGUUGGCCCGAAUAUGUUGCGAUUGCCUAUUUGCCGGUGUUUUUUGUGGGAUUAGUUGGAAACUUUCUAUCAAUUUAUGUUUAUACAACUCCAAGCAUGCGAAAAUCCACUGUGAGUUUGGAAUUUGCAAAUAAUAUAGAAAAAAUUGACACCUUUUCAAGAUUUUUUCUCAAAUUUCAUUUCGUCACAACGCUACAUUAUAGCGGCACUCUUGAACUGAAAAUAAAUAAAUAAUCUUUGGGAAAAAAAGAUGCCGGAAGUUUGGCUCAUUAAAUCAGAGAAACCUAUAAAUUUGCAUAACCAAAGUAUUUUUUAUUUAUUUUAAAAAUUUUAAAAAAUGGCAAAAAAGAGUUCCUUGUUUUCAUUUUUUCCGUCAUUUCAAUUGACGUUUUUUUUUCAAACUUGGUUCAUCAAUUAUUCGGACGAAAUUUUGUGUCGUCUGAUGGGGUAAUUUUUAGCCUUUUUCUGGGAACAGAAAAGUGCAUAGAAAAAAAGAAGAAAGAAAGGAAAAAUGAGUGAAAGAGGAGAUUUAUGAAUGGGAAAAAUGAAUAUAAUAGGGGAUGAAGAAGGAAAAAGUUCUACUGAUUUAUGAACAUCAAAAUAGUAAGUUAAAACUAAAUGAGGGAAAAUUAUUAUUAGAUUGGACAUUUUUCGAGAAAAGGUUUCAGAACUAAUUAGAGCUAUGAAAAUUCGAAAAUUCGAGAGAAAACAAAUGAGCUCACAAAAGUUGGCACAAAACUUUUCAAAACUUGCCUAGUUCAUCUCACAAUUAAGUUACCCAUUUUCACUCAAUUUAUUUACAAAUUCUUCAAUUUUCCAGGUUGCAUUCCUUCUUUACUCUCUUUCAAUUUCCGACAUAUUUGUGCUUGCUUUUGCUCUUCCAGUCUACAGUAUUCCAUUUUUGCCAAUCUGGUAAGUGACUUGUUUUGUUCUGAAAAUGGAUUAGACUUAAAGGGCUUCGUCGUUUGCAAAAAAAUCAAAUUUCUGAAAAAUAAAAUUGAGAACCUUUUCAGGGACGAUAUGAUGAAUCCAUUUUCAACAAAAAGAAUGUUGCUUUUUGUAUCGAUGAAAUAUUUUUACCCACUUUGUAUGAUUGCAAAAACUGUAUCGCUUUAUAUAAUGGUUUUGAUUACUGUGGAAAGAUGGAUUGCGGUUUGUCGACCACUUCAAGUUCAUUAUCUUUGCACUUUCCGAAACUCUGUCAAGGCUGUUUUUAUUAUUUGCAUUUUUUCUGUUAUUUUGAAUGUUUCCAAGUUUUUCGAGUAUAAGUUGAGCUAUAACGAUUUAUUCGGUUUUAUGAUUUCUGCCGGAAUUUUGGACACAAAGAAAAAUUGGUGGUAUUUUAUGAUUUAUUUUGUUGUUAUCUCUGUUAUUUUCGACUAUCUUCUACCAUUUAUUUUCAUGUUUACUGCAAAUAUGAAAGUUGUUAAUGAGCUAAGAAGAAGUAGAAAAGAGCGAUUGUUACUUACAACAUCAGUAAGUUUUUUUGUCAACUUUAUUCGGAGAAAUAAACACAAAAUUAUUUUAUAGCAAUUGAAAGAUCAAAACACAACUGUAAUGCUUUUGGUGGUCACAAUUUUAUUCGGAUUUUGUCAUUUUUUUGGAAUGGCUUUGAAAAUUGCCGAAAGUAUUAUUGGGGAUUUUUUAAACGAUGGAAUGUAUGAAGUUAUUGGAGAAAUUUGUAAUUUUCUAAUAGUCCUUCAUAUUUCUACAACAUUUUUUAUUUAUUAUAUUUUUUCGGCAAGAUUUCGGAAAGUUAUUCAAGGACUUUUUUCGAGGCGUGGAGAUAAUUCGAGAGGUCGCAAAUUGUUGGAUUCGACUCUGACGACUAAUUGUGUUGUCAAAAAUUCGUCACUAUGA